GUGGAAGACGUGGAUAGCAAAGGAGUUGAAGAGAAUCUCAAUCUGUUCCUUUUAAAAUGGCGUUCAUUCCUCAAACAGCUGGGGUCCUUUUUAAAACUAUGAGGGUCCUGAUACCGGGUAGAAGGAGGGGGAGAAACAGCACAGAGGAUGAUUUUGAACUCUCCACUGUGUGCUAUCGGCCAGAGGGACUUGACAAGCUUCAGGAGCAAACCAAGUUCACCAAGAAAGAGCUGCAGGUCCUCUACCGGGGAUUCAAGAAUGAGUGUCCCAGUGGUGUUGUCAAUGAAGAGACCUUCAAGCUGAUUUAUUCCCAGUUCUUCCCCCAAGGAGAUUCAAGUACAUAUGCACACUUCCUGUUUGAAGCUUUUGACACUGACAAAAACGGAUCUAUCAGCUUUGAGGAAUUGUUUGCAAUCCUAAUUACUCACGGGAUACUGUUUUAUUUAUCUCUCCUUGUAGGGGAAAGCUACGUUUGCGCCUCCAACGAGCCGUACCGCAAAGUAGACUACAUGAAGAACGUGAACCCCAACUGGUCUGUAAACGUCAAGGGCAGUGGAGCACGCUCCCUCUCCUCGCUGGGCUUGCUGAAGAGUGAUAUGCGGGAGAGCAAAGACUUCAUCAAACCCAAGCUGGUGACAGUGAUUCGGGGUGGGGUCAAGCCGCGGAAAGCCGUGAGGAUUCUUCUGAACAAAAAAACCGCCCACACCUUUGAUCAGGUCCUGACAGACAUCACUGAUGCCAUCAAGCUGGAUUCUGGGGUGGUGAAGAGGCUGUUCACUCUAGAUGGGAAGCAGGUAAGGGUGCAAAGUUGAAGCCUAUUUUCAAAUUAGAGAGGGACAUUCAGCUUCAAUUGUAGAACUGUACUAGUAAGUGUUGGCCAGUUAUGGCUUUUAAAAAGUAGGUGAACAUUAUUUAACGAAACUAAGAUUUUUACAGACUUUUUUUAAUAUUACCAUUGUGAUAUUGUACUGUUAUCAUGUUCUAAUAAUCAAAAACAGCUUUUCCCGUUCCUGCUAAACAAAUUCUUAAAACUUUACAGCCCACAGCGUGUGCUGUAUUGUUCUCAUUUCUCCCCUUGAAUUUCUGCUUUUAACUGUUGCACUUUUACACACAUCAAAGGAAGCCCAAGGGCUGCACAUUAGACAACAACAAAAUCCUGAAGGAAAAGUUAUAACUAUACCAUUAUAAUAAAGCCAGUGUAUUAAACUGAAGAAACCUGAGCAAAGUUAUUAUCAUAAUCAGAAAUGAUAGCCUGUAGCCAGGUUCAGUUGUUACAGUCCAUAUUUGCACUUCUGAUACAGCAGCACACUGAUUCUGAUACAGUGCCAGAGUAUUGAAAUUGAUCACUUGUGAGAAUUGUUUUAUUGUGGUGCCCCUGAAAAUUGCCAUUUAGAAGACAAUUUGGUAAGACGACCCCUAAUCUUGAAGCUUUCUCUGCAUGCACAGUUUUAUUUGUGUGUGUGCUGUAGAUAAGUGUUUUUCAUAUAACAGCUCAUGUUACAGUUUAAGGUGCAUUUCUGUGGUGAUUUUAAGUGUGUUGUGUUGUUUCUUUCUGAUAUUUGUUGGACCCGAGUUUCUUCCAUUUGUGUAUGUUAACUUCAAGGUUACACACAUUUAACUUGUUAAAGAAGAUUUAAAUUAUUGUUGAAGUGUGUUUUAAAAUAAUUUCAUAACAGCUGGUCUAACAUUUUGAAGGUCACUACUGUUUUGUUAUGACAACUUAACAAAUAACUUAGUUGGCUAGAUGAAUACUGUGCAGUAGAUUAUACUGAAAUAAAACUAGACAGUCUUUAAUAAGGCUUUCAAACCGAAGGUAAAAAAGAAGCCAGAAUAAUGCAUCUGCAAGCAGAUUUUUUAUUUUUUUUUAGGGCUAUAUACUGUAUCCAGUUGGGGUAACUAGCAAUUUAAGUAGUGCGUUAUUGUAAUAAUAAUACUUUAGUCAGUACUGGGGGACAGCCACCUGGAUAUCCUGCAGGAUUUUGGAUGCCUGAAGCCAGAAGUUCAGCUCAAGGGGGUUAGCAGGCAGUACCCAGUGCUCAUGGAAGCCUUGGAGGCCAUGACAGAGGUCAUGGAUUGGAUCUAUGAGGCGCAGGAGGCGAAGUAGUCGAGGUUGGCCCGGAGCUGGACUGGGACACAGACAUGGACUUGGAAGUCCGAACGCCCCGUGCCCUGUUCGUCACCACCACCUGGAGGACCUUUGCUGCUGACCCCUGGGGAUUUGUUGUUGCCACCAGCGGCAUUUUCACU